CAGAGACAUGACGGUGUCAUCGCCGUCGAGAUUAAAUCCUCUACCGCCGCCGAUCAAAUAGAUCGAUACAGAGAGAGAGGGGGAAGAAGAUUCCGACAUUAUUGAGUGAGUGGAUCCGGGAGAGAGUAAACAGAAAGAGAGAGAGAGAGAGAUGGCCAUGUCUCAGAUUGUGAACACGUACCCGCUUUCGAACUACAGCUUCGGAACAAAAGAACCGAAGCUCGAAAAAGACACCUCCGUCGCGGAUCGACUCGCUCGUAUGAAAAUCAACUAUAUGAAAGAGGGCAUGAGGACUAGCGUUGACGCCAUUCUGCUGGUACAAGAACACAACCAUCCUCACAUACUUCUCCUGCAAAUUGGUAACACCUUCUGCAAACUUCCAGGUGGACGCCUGAAACCUGGAGAAAAUGAAGUUGAAGGCCUGAAGAGAAAGUUGACCAGUAAGCUUGGAGGCAAUUCCGCUGGUCUUGUACCUGAUUGGAAGGUAGGAGAAUGUGUUGCUACUUGGUGGCGUCCAAACUUUGAAACCAUGAUGUACCCUUACUGCCCUCCUCACAUCACGAAACCAAAGGAAUGUAAGAGACUCUAUGUGGUUCACUUGUCUGAGAAAGAGUACUUUGCAGUGCCCAAAAACUUGAAGCUCUUGGCCGUCCCUUUGUUUGAACUCUAUGACAACGUUCAGAGAUAUGGACCAGUUAUAUCGACCAUUCCGCAACAGCUAUCCAGAUUCCAUUUCAACAUGAUUAGUUCGUGAUUCUAAUUACUUGGUGUUCAAGAACAAGAAACCUUGUUUGAUCAUGAGCUUCUUAGGCAGAGUUCAGAGAUGAUGCGUGUGGGUUUUCUUACAUUAUAAACUUGCUCUGGUUCAUUAAUGAAGAACCGGUUCAUUCAUGUUUCAGCACAAACAGAUUAUUGAUCUGGUUCCGAUCUAAAUGCAUUCGUCAUUAUAUGACUAAAGGCUGUCUUGCCUAACCGUUGAACAUCUAUUCACUCAGUGUUAAAUGAUAUUUUCUAUUCUCGAA